AUGCGCUCCAUCCAAGAACUCGCUGUCGCCGUCAUCAGUCUUGCGCCGCUGGCUUUGGCUAUUGAUCCAUCCAUACAUUCGCGGCAGGCCCAGCAGAGUCUCAGCACUGCGUUGUCAAGCCACGCCGAUCUCUCCACGUUCAACGAAAUUCUGAACAGCUAUCCGAGCAUCAUAAGCAACAUAACCGCCGGGACUAAGAACAAAGUCACCCUUCUAGUGCCGACCAAUGAUGCGUUCACCAAGUUCCUUCAACAGGCCAACAUUAGCGAAAUCACGCAGCUUCCCGUGAGCCAACUUUUGACCGUCUUCCGAUAUCAUACUCUAGAUGCCCCGUUGACGGCCUCGAACUUCAGCGCGCCCAGGGGCAUCACAAUUCCGACCAAACUUCGAGAUGAGCUCUUCAACCUUCGGACGCCUGGCCCGGCCAUGAUCGAUCAGUACGGCGACGAUGCUAAGGGUCAAGUACUCUUUGUUUCGCCGAGCACCAUAAAUCCCACCAAAUUCAGAGUCAGGCAAGCAACUUCUUCCGAUGAUCACACCGCAAGCCUACGUGGUGGUCUUGGUGAGACUGCGGAGCUCACGUCGAUCGACGGGGUGUGGGACGGCGGAUACUUCCAAUCUGUUGAUGCUGUUCUAGAAGCGCCGACGAUAUGCUCUACUACCAUCAAGAAGCUGUCAAGCUCAUUAUCGGCUCUCGGGGAUGCCUUGGACAAGAUCAACCUGUGGAAGCAACUCGACAAUACCGCCAACAUCACGUGCUUGGGACCUAACACCGCAGCUUUCAAGGAGGCAGGUAGUCCUCAGAGUUCUCUCGGAAACGAAGACCUCAAAAACGCGUUGCUCUUCCACACUCUACCUCAAGCGGCUUACAGCGACUUCCUCAUGGAUGGUCAGGAGUUCACCUCCAUGGCCAAUGUAACUGUCCGCGUCACGAUCAAGGACAACGAGAUCUGGUUCAACGACGCAAAGGUCAUCAGCCCCAAUGUCCUAACCAACAACGGACUCAUCCACAUCUUGGACCGCGUCAUGUCUGCCAAUGCCCUGCCGGACUCCUCGACUUCCUCUCCUACCGGGACGGGCACAGCUAGUCCUACUUCGACUGCUACACCGCCGAACGCCGGGAACCCCAUUUCAGAAAACAUUCGCGCCGCCGCAGUCAUUGCUCUUGCAGCCGGUGUGCUGCUCGUGUGA